GAGUGAAUUCUUCCCCGCACUUCCACCAGAGCCGCCGUUGGCAACGACUACUGCCGUGAGAGCGCAAUUCCUACUGAGGCUCGAGCAGUGCAAGGUCCCAGCUUCAUUGGCCGCUGCCUUGAGGCGUGUCCCUCAGGCUGAGAGGAAGGCUCGACUUAAUAAGUUGAAGACCAGAUUGAAUGGCAUCCUCAUCGAAGGUAACACUGAGCCGGGGCAUUCAUUUCUGGAUGCUGUUUGCAACAUGCAUGAAACCAAUCAAUUGAAGUAUUUUCCACCAGAGAAAUGUGUCAGCCGCUUGCAUGAGUUGACAAACCAGAAGACGCCGGGGAAGACCAUCGAGGUCGAGUCGAGCAAACUAGUGUUGAAGGACAAGGCAGAGGAGUAUGAGGUCUCGGCGACAACAUCCUUGCAGAUUCUGGAGGCUUUUAAGCGCCGCGGCCUCGCUCUGGACUUUGCGGGUUGCGUGACAUUUCAAAACCAUGACAAAUACAUACAGACUCUUUAUUCCCAUUUGCACCGUGAGCCUCCUGCAGGAUUCUCCAGACGCACAGUCAGCCAGCUCGUGGCUGCAGACAAGGCUGCGUGGAGCAGGGUGAUCGAGGACAAUGUCAAACCGCGUCGAGACGCUGUCGGGGCCCUGCCUUUGGACACCGCUUUGAUUGAAGCUUUGAAGUCAUAUGAGUGUUCAUUCCUUCUGAUCCCUUUGCCAACGAAGCAGCCAAAGCCGCCAAAGACCCAAAAGCAGACUGGUGGUUAUGGUGCUGCUCACACUGAUGAUCCGGAAAGACAGGCAAAGGAAAAGGUGCUUAUCGUUUCCAGCCUUGGUCCAAAGGCAAAGGGAGAGGAAAAUCGAAGUGGGAGCCCCGCAUCCCCAAAGAGAUCCGGGACGCCGGUGGCCACGGAGCUUUGCCAAGCGGCGAGUAUCGAGGCCGACACCGGUUUUCCUUUGUCUCAGCAAUCUGAACACCAGUUGCAUGGGGACACUACUCAACAGCCGCCCCCUGAGGGGGAUGGCAGCCGCCUCAGCGUGAGCUUCGACAACCGCA